AUGAUGUCCUUGGCCCUAUUGACGGUAAGUUCUUCCGAGUUCAACGCAACUUCAACGGUCUUCAACGGAGCCGUCUUGGCCAGCGGACGAACCGAGGGCCACAUGGACGAGAUGGGACAGCGAGACCUGCUUGGGCUUUGCAAGAUGCAAACUGCGCGACCCAUCGAAGGGCAUGCAUGCGACGAGCUCGAGGGACGUCCUCACGAGCUCACCGUCGCAUAA